CUGACAUCUCGUCAACACCCCCAUUUGAGUGACUUCAUUUUAUUUUUUUUUUUUUUUGCCCCGAAGAACAUACCCAUCCCAGAGUUUAACUGUUGUUAGUUAGGGCAAACAAAAGAAAAAAUAAAGAACAUGAAAAGAGUGAAAAAACGAAGAUAUGAACUUGUGUUUUUCUACAUUAAGAGAACUUUUGUGAACAGUGAAUUGUGACAUAUUGAAAAAAAUUAUUUCUAAUCAAAAGAAACAGAAGAAGAAAUAAAUAAAAAAAAAAUUUUAUUGUGAAAAAAUGUAAAAUAUUUCAACAGCGAAUAGAAAUAAAUCAAAAUGGCGGGGAAAAUGAUGCCUGAAGUUAGGAUUACGACAUGGGUUGACCCACCGUAUUCAAAUUUUCAUUAUGGAAAUAAUGGAAAUCCCGUGCUCCAAGGUUAUGCAUUUACAAUUUUUGAAAUGUUAACGUCAAAAUUAAAUUUCACUUAUAAAUUUAUACCGCCGACAGAACAAAUUCUUGGAAAUCAAGAUACUGGCAUGGUGGGAAUGUUAACAAAGAAUCAAGUGGAUAUGGUAGUUGCAUUUUUGCCAGUGAUGACAAAAGUUAGGGAUUACAUUAAUUAUAGUGUGUCAUUGGAUGAAAUGGAAAUGACAUUUUUAUUGCGAAGACCUGCUGAAUCGUCAUCAGGAGCAGGACUAUUUGCUCCUUACACUCCUGAAGUUUGGUACUCGAUUUUUGCAACCAUCUUCAUUAUUGGCCCCACGGCUUGGGUCACCAUUCAGCUACGAAAUUUGUUUAUAAAACAAGAUGAAAUGUGGAGGUAUUCAUUUCCACGAUGCAUGUGGUUCGCCUACGGUUCUUUGCUUAAACAGGGAACGACAAAAGCCCCUAAUGGAGAUUGCACAAGACUGGUCUUUGCAUCUUGGUGGAUAUUUGUGACGAUUUUUUCCGCAUUUUACACCGCGAAUUUGACGGCUUUUUUGACAUUAUCCUACUUUACACUGGGUAUCCAUUCACUUGAUGACGUUGCCUAUGGUUACAAUUGGUUUGCCAUGAAAGGUCGCUCAGUGGAAAGUGCGAUAGAAAACAAUUUUGGCGAGUUUUACAGUUUAAAGAGGGCAGCUGAAUGGAGGUAUGGGCAGUACAUCACGGACUACAAUCUAAAUGGAAUAGAUAUGCUUAAGCGAAUUAGAAAAUCAAAAAGGGGAUUUAUGACGGAAAUGCAAUUCGCAAAAAUGUUGGUCUACGAUGAUUAUAAAAAUAAAACGAAAAAAGGAAUUUCAGAGGCAAAACGUUGCACGUACAUUUUGGCGCCAAAACCUCUUUACUACAUGGAGACGGCUUUUGCUUUUCAAAAGAAUUCCACCAUCCUGGCGAUUAUAAACAAAGAACUUCUACGCAUUGUGGAAAAUGGUUUGGUGAAGUAUUUGAAGAAAAAUGACGUGCCCACGGUGGCUUUUUGUCCGCCAAAUCUUCCCACCAAGGAGAAACGUCUUCAAGUCAACGACAUUUUGCUUUUGUUCAAAGUGAUUGGCUAUGGUUAUUCAGCAGCGUGCGUUCUUUUUGUUCUUGAGGGAAUUUUCUAUGUUAUUAUGCGAUUUUGCUGCUGCAGCAAAGACUCAUGUUGCAUUCCAUUUAAACCAAAAAUUAAAUCAGACGACUCAUUGCCGGCAUACAGUCCACCUAAUUCGCCACGUUUUGAAUUUCAUCGAAGUCCACCGCCAUUUUAUCAAGCGGUACAAGAUCAUCGUGACGCGAAAAAAUUCAACAUUAAUGGUCGCGAUUAUUAUAUUGUCAAGGAAAGUAGUGGUAACACUCGAUUGGUACCAAUUCGAGUUCCCUCCUCUUAUUUGUUUCAUCAGUUUACAGCUUAGAGGGGAGGGGAAGGGGUAAAGUUUGGUAGAAAAAAAAAGAAGUGGGAGGUGAAAGCCAUGGUAACCGUUACCAUAGCAACCGAAGGACGGAUAGACAGACGCUAAAGUCUCGUUACAUGACGUCGCAUAGAGGGAGUAGAAAAAUAAAUGAUUCAUUGAAAUUCUUUUAUUGAGAAGACAAGAAUUAUUUUUCAAAAAUUGUGAAUUUGUGCCUUUGAAUAAUUGAUAAUCACAUUCACGUGUUAGUUUCUGUUCUGUUUGUUUGGCAGCUGUUCUCCCGAAAUUUCAACCACGAGUUAGAUAGUAAUAAAGAUGCGGCGAUAGUUUGCAUUAAGGCCAAUGUACAAUAGUUUCGCGAAUGACUUUCGCAUGGCCUUAAGAAAGGAAAAAAAAAUUUAUAAACGGCGAGAAUCGAACGAUUAUACGACUCGCAUAACGCAUCGAGAACAAUUUUGAUUUAAUUAGCAAAAUUGAGAAAUUAACGACUGUAAAUUUUUUUUUGUCUCUGUUAUAAAAUGGGGAGUAAGAAUUAUUUUAAAAUUUUGACAUAUAAUUUAUAUUUAAUUGUCAAUAUUCCCCGAUACCUUACAGUAUUAAUAUUAAUAAAAAAUA